AUGAAGAUCUUUGCUCUGCUUUGUGUUCUUUUUCUUUAUGGCACUCCUCCUAUACUUCAAGCAGAGAAGCACUCGCUGUAUUACAUUUACACAGCUUUGUCCAAACCUGUCGAUCUGCCGGGCAUCUAUCAGUUCACUGCUAUGGCUCUGCUAGAUGACAUACAGAUCGACUAUUACAAUAGUGAGGAACAGAAGAAGAUUCCCAAACAGACCUGGAUGAAGGAGAAAAUGCAGGAGGAUUACUGGGAAAAAGGCACCCAGUCAAGAAAGAGCAAAGAACAGUGGUUUAAUGUGAAUAUCGACAUUCUGAUGAAACGCAUGAGACACAGUGAAUCAGAUCUUCAUGUUCUUCAGUGGAGACAUGGUUGUGAAGUUGAGCAGCAGGGAGAUAAAUUGAAGUUUUCCAAAGCCAUUAGUGAGUACACCUACGAUGGAGAAAACUUUCUGUUAUUUUAUAUUAAAGAGUCUCAGUGGGUCACAUCAGUUGACGCAGCUCUACCAACCAAGAGAAAAUGGGACAAUGUCCCAAUCCUAAACCAGUACACCAAAGGCUACCUGGAGAAAGAGUGUGUGGACUGGCUCAACAAAUUCAGAGAAUAUGGAGAUGAGAAGCUCAGAAAUGGCACUCCUCCAGAUGUUCAUGUUUUUGCAAGGAAAUCUACCAAAACCAAGUUGAAACUCAUCUGCAUGGCCACCAGAUUCUACCCCAGAGACAUGAUGAUGACCAUUAGGAAAUCUCACACAUCUCUGCCCGAAUACGAUAUUAAUCAGAAUUCAAACAUUAUUAAUGUGGUUUUCCAGGACAACAGGAGAAAACUACUGAACCAUUGA